GCCUCUUUUUUCCUCGCAGGUUGGACCGAUCAUCUAUUGCUGCGGACUAGCGGAAUAAGUAGCUCAGUGGGUCUUUGUCCGGGUUUUAUUUCUUGUGUCGAGAUAUUUAUGUAAACAUCAGUUUCAAGGAUUUAUUGUGUUUAUUUGCUGGUGAACAUGGGCUGCGCUGGAUUUACCUGCUCCAAGCACUCCCUGUGUGCGCUCAACAUCCUCUAUGUUAUGGUCAGUCUCCUGAUGAUUGGCAUCGCAGCAUGGGGAAAGUGGUUUGGUCUGGUCUCCAGUUUCCAGGUGGUGGGAGGCAUCAUUGGUGUGGGUGUCUUUCUCUUCUUUGUGGCUCUGGCUGGCCUCAUUGGGGCAAUGAAGCAUCACCAAGUCCUGCUCUUCUUUUACAUGAUCAUCCUGUUCAUGGUAUUUAUUGUACAGUUUUCUGUUUCCAGCGCUUGUCUGGCUGUCAACAGAGAGCAACAGGAUCACCUGCUGGAGGUGGGCUGGAACAACUCUGAGAGCACCCAGAGAGAUGUGGAGAAGAGCCUCAACUGCUGUGGCUUCAAACAUGUCGACCCUAACAGCAUGUGUGAUGCUGCUUGUUUCCCCAACAGCUUCUGUUCGCCUUGUGCAGACCAGAUUAAGGAACAUGCUGGAGAUAUUCUCCGAUUUGUAGGAGGAAUUGGCCUCUUUUUCAGCUUCACUGAGAUCUUGGGAGUGUGGCUCACAUAUUGCUACAGGAACCAGAAGGACCCACGAGCCAACCCUAGUGCUUUCCUGUGAGACAGCCAAAGCUCCACUGACCAACAUCCAAUCACCUCAUCCCCAAACGACCUCUAUGGACGUUCUGACUUGUGCAUUUUGACUGAUCACUGCAGUAAACCUGAUGUGUUUCGUUUUCAAGAGCUAAGUUAUGUGUGAGGAGCGGCGAACAUGCUGCCUUCAGCAUGACAUUCCUGCAAAAUACAGAUACAGUUAGUACACUGUGAAAUAAAAAGAAGGAAUGCUGAUCUGCUAUAUAAUCCAGAAGUAUUUACACACCCUGGCUGAGAGUUAACUCUGAACACUUUUUUGUCAUUUUGUUUCUUUUAUAAAAACAGUCGAUUCCACUGGAAGCAAUAAUAUCACCCACUUCUCUGCACACUGACAUUACAGAUUCUGAUGUUUUACCAUGUGUAGAAAUGUGAAUGUGUGACGAGCGGCUUUGUUUGUAACCUGCAGAUGUUUCGCAUAUUUGAAAGUAAGUGUGUGUUUAUGAGUUUUUCUCUGUUUGCUGUGGAUUUGCCCUUUUGCAUGACUCUGUCCAUUAAAAUGUGGGCUACUGUAUAAAAAACUGCAACUAUCUGUAAGCAGUUCCUCUGAGCCUUUGUACUGGAAACCACACUAUGAUACUAAUCUAAUAAAAAGAAUCAGUGUCUUCAUCA